AUGGGUACUCCGACGCGCCGGUUGCGAGGCAAGACGCAUUCUGACCCAGAGAUCCACCUCUCCCAAGAUGAGGUGAAAUCUGAGCUGGAGACAAUGCCGAAAGAUGUGCACGUCAUACUCAUGCGAGCCGAUGUGGUGGACUUGCUUUUAGCUCACACCGCGUGCAGUGAGCACAUCAGCGUUUCCUCUUUGGUCCCGUGGGCUAAGCAAGGCGUCAACCGAGUCGGUAAACCAGUUAUAUUGGCCCGCCCUGACCCGAAAGCAAGUUUCUCUGUUUUCCACAUCUUCGCCAUAUCGGAGUGGCACGGCGAUGGUCCGCUUCCUGCGCAUACGGGUAGCUCUACUGUGCUGCCGACUCUGUUGCCUGGUGACGCGUGGCCUGAUCCCCUUAUCCUGCGGCGGUUUUCGAAGGUGCGUUUGACCAACACGAGCUCGCCGAUCACAAUGGCAAAGCAGGGCGGGUUCCGGGGGUUGAACCUGGCCAAGUACGGCAUGCAUGCCGCGUCCUUCAACCGCUCGCUGCUCAAAUUCGGCCAGCCUGUUAUCGCAUUCCCGCCUCGGCCGCCGAGUGGCGCGGAGCGCGCUGGAUCAGGCGAGGCGGCGGCAUCUGAUGCGGCCCUUCCCGCCCUGCGGGAUAGCAGGGGGGAUCGACGCGAGGGAAUCGAGGCCAUGAAGCGGGAGAGUUCUGCCAUGCAUUCUGAUGGCGAUAUCGGCCUUGGUCGGCGCCCCGGCGCCCCCCUCCGGAAGCGCACGCGGGUGGAGCCCGUCAUUGAGGAUGAUGUUGCAGACGAAGAGUUGGAGACGUUGUAUGCGGCGGCUGGGAAGGUCAGCCCUCCUUCUGUGCUAGAUGGAUAUGGUGGCGCGCCAGUGGAUGAGGAGGCGGUGUCUGCAAGCUCGCCCAGCGACUCCGAUAUGGAACAGCUCCUCUCCCGAGCGGCGAGCACGGAGGCCGCAGUCAUGCACGGCCUGGUCACUGGCCUGGCCGAUCCGCCACCUCUUCCGCAGCACCCCCCCGGAGAUUCGCCGUCGGCCGCGGCGGCCGCGACGGCUGGGGCCGCAGCCAGCGUGCCGCCCGCGUCAGCGCCUCAGCCGCAGCAGGCAGCAGUGACGGCGGCGGACCUCUACACUGUCAGGGAGCUGAAGGAUGCGUACGACUGGGCCCGCUACAACAUCCUGAGGAUCGAAGAGGUCCACGGCAGAGCUCGCGUGCAGAAGAUGGCAACAGCCCUCGAGACCGAGCGCCAUGCCACUGCCUUCUCGGGCAUUGACUCACCUGGAGUCGCCAGGGAGAUGUUGCGGCAGGAGCUUGAGCGUCACCUUGGCACCAAGAUCUGCAAGCCCGCCCACCACUGGGCAAUCGAAUGGGAUGCUCACGCGCAACGAGAGCUUCUCUGCCAUCCAUGUCGGCCAAGAUGCCUGUUCGCCGACAUGAGCGACUUCUACGUUCCCGAGUUCAGGCGUGAGCUGGGCAGGAUGAAGGACUCUGGUGAGAUCAUCGGCGUCAGGAAGCUUCUCCCAGCGAUCAAGACUAGGAAGGCCGUCAAACCUUCGGCGUACUGCUGUAUUCAUGAUAAAGAGUGCUCCGUGACAAGGGUGGACGUCAUGUGGGCAGGCCCGCCAUGCGUCGGCUUCUCCCCUGUCGGGCUCGGGCGUGGCGAGGAGGACGAUUCCAUAGAACACUUCAUGGCUUGGGUGGGACUUUGCCUGCUUCUCCUCGUACCGACUAUCAUUCACGAGAACGUGAAGCAGUGCAUGCUUGACCUCCUCCAAGCCUGCUUCAAUGAGCACUACGCAAUCUCCGAGCAAGAGCUGUCCCCCAUCCAGUUCGGGGUUCCCGCGAGGCGGACUCGCAUGUUUCGAGUCAUGACGUUGACAAAGGCCGCGGUGUUCACUGUGCUACCGGUGUCUACGAUCACCAGGCUGUUCCACAGAGACCGCCAAUGCACGUUCUCCAUUUGGUUUUGGGCUACAGAUGCGGACCUCGCCGACCUGGUGGAGUUCGCCGCUGACAGGGCGAGGAAGAACCAUUGGGAUGUCCCUCCUGGGAAACUUACCGUCUCGGACCUGAGGGGCCUCCUGUCGCCGUUCGAGCGCGAGAACCUCGGCCGUUACGAGCGCAAUCACGGCACCAACGCAGUGUUCCAGCUCAACCAGGACUGCGACGACUUCACGUCCAUGAGCAGCGAGGGUAACUUGUGCACGGUCACCAAGCACUGUGGGAUGAUGUGGUUCAGGGACAGAGUCAUGACGGCAAAGGAGGUGCUCGCCGCCGUAGGUUUCCCCGUCACUACUGCUAGCUUCGAUGACAUCGCCGCGGGCCGGGCGAGCCCGUCGACGAGUUUCCACGCCAGCUGCCCCGAUAGGAGCUACGCGCAGACAUUCUGCCAAGCGGGGAAUGCUAUGCACGUGAAUGUGGUAGGCGCGAUCGAAUGUUGGCGCCUGGCUUUCGUGAACACAGUGAGCGAGAGUUUGGCCGCGCGCGUGGUCGCAGCGGCGGUCGGCCAGGUCACGCGCGCUCGGUCCGAGCCAGCGUGA